GGACCGAAUUGAAAAAUGGCUCGUACUAAGCAAACCGCUCGUAAAUCUACUGGAGGAAAGGCUCCUCGUAAGCAGUUGGCCACCAAGGCAGCCCGCAAGAGUGCCCCGUCUACUGGGGGAGUGAAGAAGCCUCACCGCUACCGUCCUGGUACUGUGGCUCUCCGUGAGAUCCGUCGCUACCAAAAGAGCACCGAGCUGCUGAUCCGCAAGCUGCCGUUCCAGCGUCUGGUUCGUGAAAUCGCCCAAGACUUCAAGACCGAGCUGCGCUUCCAGAGCGCGGCUAUUGGCGCCUUGCAAGAGGCCAGCGAAGCCUACCUUGUGGGCCUGUUCGAAGACACCAACCUGUGCGCCAUCCACGCCAAGCGGGUGACCAUAAUGCCAAAGGACAUCCAGCUUGCCCGUCGCAUCCGUGGAGAACGAGCUUGAAGGAACAGACCACCGUUCUCCUAACACCAACCCGGCUCUUUUCAGAGCCACCAAAUUUUCCCAAAAGAGAUUGAUCUUUAUGUCUGUCAUUGAUCUUG